CAAACUAAUUUUUUUAACACUUUUGGUGUUAUUUAGAUAUGAGUAUUUCUAAUGACUAAGUUGUUCAAUGUUUACUAAUUAUUACUGGAAAAAGCAUGCAAAGGAAUAACAAAUCCAAAUAAAAGUUCUAGGUUUAAAAAAUGAAGAAACUUACGAUAUCUGCUCAAGAUUUACAAAAUUUAAAUAGUGGAUCUGGACUUGUGAUGGCAGAUGACUUUUGUGUCCUUGGCGAUCAAGAAAAUAAAAAUGCAACAAGAAGAGUUGAGCAUGAUCUAGUUAAGGAUUUCCUAAAUGACCCCGAAGUCAAACAACCUGAUGAAUUUAAAACAAAUACGGUUGUCAAGUUAAAAGUAAAUGUUAUGGAAUCAUCAGGGUUAUCAAUAGAACAGCUACAAGACAAAUAUGCUGACAUUGCAAAAUUAAAAAUAUUUCAUGUUGCCGGCGAUGAUCUAACGGGGCGUCCAGUUAUUGCUUUUAGUGCUUGUCGCUUACCAAACCGCAAGGAUAUUGAUCAUCAACAGUUGCUAUGUUUUUUAAAAGAAGUUUUGGAUUGCUAUGUUGAAAAUGAUUAUACUCUGGUUUAUUUUCACUAUGGUUUAAGAAGCAUAAACAAGCCUUCUUUUAAAUGGUUGCUGCAGGUUUACAAAGAGCUUGACAGAAAAUACAAAAAGAACUUAAAAGCAUUCUAUAUUGUUCAUCCAAGUAAUUUUAUAAAAGCUGCAUUUAAUAUUUUCUACCCAUUUAUAAGCAAAAAGUUUGGUAAAAAAAUUAAUAACAUUUCAAAACUGGAUGAAUUGACACCUCAUCUUCGAAUUGAUCAAAUCGAUAUCCCUGAAGAGGUUAAACAACAUGACAAAAUAGUUGUUGAAAAAUUCAAGUCUGUUGCAACUAGUCAAGCUAAAGAAAUACCGAAGACUCAACAAUUCUCAAUAUCGUUAACUGAGUUAAAAAGAAAACACCCCGACCGCCAUGUUCCAAUUGUUGUUAGUUCUUGCAUUGAAUUUAUAGAAGAAAAUGCCUUAGAUAUCGAAGGGAUCUUUCGAAGGUCAGCGCAAGUCAAUUUGGUAAACGAAGCAGUUGACGCAUUUAACAUGGGUCAAAUAGCUCAAUUUUCAACAUCAAAUGUUCAUCUUGCGACUGCACUACUAAAGAAAUUUUUGCGUGACUUACCUGAACCUCUGUUGACAUUUAAGUUAUACGGAUCAGUAAUGGAAUUUUCUUCGCUACCAGAAGAAGACAAAUUAAAAUGUACGAAACGAAUGCUCAAUGAGUUUUUACCGUCUCUUAACCACGAUUUACUCGUAUAUUUGUUACGCUUUUUAGAAAAGGUUGUUGAGCAUUCUUCAGCGAAUCGCAUGGUGUCAUCGAGUUUGGCGAUUGUUUUUGGACCAAAUUUAUUAUGGUCGGAUACUGAGAGUGCAAGCCUCACUUCCAUGUCAAAGAUUAACUCUUACUGCAAAUAUCUUAUUGAUAAUUCACAUUUAAUUUUUGACGAAAGCGUCUCGUGAGCAGUAUAUAUAUUUUCUGACACUCGGUGGUUGAUCCGCCGUUUUGCUGAUUGAAUCAGCUGUUUGAAAUAUACAAUAAAAGUUAAAUUUAGACAUAAGAUGCAGAUGUUAUCUGGUUAA